AUGCCAGACAAUAAGAACAAACUCAUUGCUGUCGGCUGCGUCUGUGCCUGUCUGUUAUUGGUGAUUCUAUUGCCACUCUCUUUUAGCUAUGUGGAAUACUACGAAUACGGACUGGUCCAACGCAAGUCAACGGGUGCGGUCGAUACUGAAGAAGUCUACACAAGUGGCCGUUACGUUAUCGGGCCUGACAAGCACUUUAUCAAGUACCAAGCCGAUGCACAUUUGGAAUCCUUGGACAGCUUGGGCGUCUUUUCCAAGUCCACCUCCAAUGAAUCCAUUGGUUUGGAAUUCCGUCUCGAUGUGGACUUUACCUACUUUUUGAUUGAAGACGAAAUUGGGGAUGUUCACCGAGAACAGGCCAGCAAGUACCCCAGUGUCAUUUCCUCAAGAGCCCAAGAGGCCAUUAAAAACUCGGCCGCGGACGGGGUCACCUUUACCGAAUUCUUUCGAGAACGCAAAACGGUGGAAGCCCUGUUUCGUCGAGCCAUUCAAGAACGAUGGGACUCUCCUCCCAAUCUCCAUGCCAGACUGGAUCAAUUCCAUUUGGGUCGCAUCCGAAUUCCGGAAUCAGUAGCCACCAAGCAAUUGGAAGCUCGGGUCCAAAACGAACGCAACGAUCGAGAACAAUUCUUUCAACGGGCUCAAGUCGAACGGGCCUUGACCGAAGUGGAAGUCAAUCAAAUCAAUCUAGAAGCAGUCAAGGAACUCCGAACCGCCGAGGCUCAAGCCAGCCUUAUUAGACAAAAGGCUAUUUCGGAAUCUCAGCUCAUUCGAGAACAAGCUGGGAUCAAUGGAACCAAGCGAUUGUUGGAGGCGGUGGGCAUUACGACCCAAGAGCAUAAAACUGCGUAUACUUACAUCAAGAGUCUUCGGGAUCGCAGCAGCAUGGACUUGUCGGUUAGUUACUUGGCGCCAGAUAGUGUCUUGCGAACGGCACCACUAGCAGCGUAA